AUGGCCACCAUCAAGGCCAUCGAGGGCCGCUCUGUGCAUCAGAUCCAAUCAGGCCAGGUCAUUGUUGGUCUGGAGUCAGUCUGCAAAGAGCUUGUCGAGAACAGCAUCGAUGCAGGCGCCACAUCAGUUGAGGUGCGCUUCAAGAACUAUGGCCUGGACGCCAUAGAAGUUCAGGACAACGGCUCUGGCAUCUCCCCAGACGACUACGAAACGAUCGCGCUUAAGCACUACACGUCCAAACUCGCUACCUACGACGACCUUUCGUCCCUACAGACAUUCGGCUUCCGUGGCGAGGCCUUGUCGUCGCUAUGCGCGCUAUCCAACUUUCACAUCAUUACGGCUCGGCCCUCCGACGGCCCAAAGGGUACAAACCUGGAGUUCGAGCAGUCCGGCAAGCUGAAGGGGACGUCAGUGGUAGCAGCCAAGCAGGGCACGACUGUGGUGGUCGAGACACUGUUUCAUAACCUACCUGUACGGCGGAAGGAGCUGGAGAAGAACAUCAAGCGGGAGUACAACAAAGUGCUGCAGCUGCUGAACGCAUAUGCUUGCAUCAGCGUAGGCGUCAAGUUCUCGGUGAGCAAUCAGAUACCGAAAGGAAAGAAGACGGUGGCUUUCUCGACCAACGCGAAUGCGAGUACGCGAGACAACAUCUCCAAUGUCUACGGCGCAAAGACGAUUGCUGCCCUGAUUCCUCUAAGCCUCGAAUUCGUCAUGGACCCUUCGAGCCGGCUGGGUGCCACACAAAGCGCAAAGAACUGGAGCACACAAGAGGAAACAGGUUCAAAAACAGUCAAGAUAGUGGGUCACAUUUCCCGCCCUGUUGUGGGUGAAGGUCGCCAGACACAAGACCGACAGAUGUUCUUUGUGAACUCACGGCCUUGUGCUCUGCCACAAGUUGCCAAGGCCAUCAAUGAGGUCUACAAAUCCUAUAACAUCACGCAGUCGGCUUUUGUGUUUGCAGACAUCCAGCUGGACACGAAUGCCUACGAUGUCAAUGUGAGUCCAGACAAGCGGACCAUCAUGCUCCACGACCAAACUACGCUAUUGGAGAACCUCAAGGACGCUCUUCUAGAGCUAUUUGAGGGCCAUGAUCAGAGUGUACCUCAAGCUCAACUCUUGGGCAAGAAGACACCCACAUCCGCCUUCAAGCCGCCAACAAUACAACCCCGUGAAAGCACCACCUCAGCAUUUGCAGGCGACCGAAGUGAUACGGAAGAUGCUGUCGAGCUUCCCCAAAGGACUCCAAAGAGAGGUGAAUCGCUAUCCCCUCAAGACACGCCCGAUAUGAAUGUCCGUCCAGGCUUCGUAAAGGCAAGUCUCAUUGAGCGAUUUGCUGGCAGGGACUCCGAAGAACGAACGGUCCGUCCAAUGGUAAGACCUAGAAGAGCCAGCUCCCCCAAGAACAGAGAGUCACCCGAAGAGCCCAUGUCCGAUUCACAUGUCCCUCCAAGCAGCCCUUCACCAAAGAUAAAGAAUCAGGUCGAGCUAGCGCGCUCAAGGUCACAGUCACCAUUGUUUGAACCAGAAGACGAAGCAGCAGGGGUUCCGGUCAGGCUUUCACAACCUUCGAAAAUCGUACAAGAUUUCAAUGCCCGCAUAGCAUCUCAGAGUCCUCACAAGCAGGAGCCAGCCAUCUUGUCAAAGCAUAUAGAAUCCACUGAUGACGGUGACGAUGAACAACAGCCAAUCCCGGCCAUAGUACAGACACCGCAGAAGUCCUGGUCACAAAGUACCAUCCAAAACGCCUUUGAUCGUAUGCGUUCAAUGCGCACGCCAAUCCAACAGGCUACUAUAACUGUUGGUGACACGACGACUGUUUCCACAAUCGGUACGGGGAGUCAAUCGAUGGCUGCCAAACGCUCUAGGAUACACACACCCAAGUUUUCUCUCUCCGGUAAGCCGCUGAAUCAGACGCCAAAGAGGAGUUUAUUCAAGAAGGGUCUGAGCGGCUUUGCAGCACCGGGUACGCAAGCUGAAAGUAGUGAGGAGGAGGAGGAUGAUGAGGACGAGACUGAAGUCGCGCAAGAUCAUCAUAUGUCUGAUGCACCUAUACGCUCUCCAUCUCCGCAUAAGCGCCUGCCAUCCCGCGGCUUUGAGGAACCGCGGACGGAUGAUAUUGCUGUGUCAUCCAGCGCUCCACCGCCGCGCGCAACAAUCAUUUCCGAAGAAGCUCCGGAAGAGGAAUCCUCAUCUGAUGGUGAAGCACAUCCUCAAGCUGAAGCUGAAGCCGAGAUCACAGAUGAUGAUGAGUAUAUAGAAGAUUCCGAAAAGAAAGAAAGAGAAGAAGCAAAGAUUGCGCAGCUCAUUGCUGACGCUGAAGAAGCUGCAGCCCGGCCCACCGAAAUGAACCUCAAGCGCGCCAACAAGCUAUUCAAGGUUACUCAGAAGAAGUAUUGGACCAUCAACCUUGAGCGUGUCAUCGAGACGGAUGUGGGUGCCAUCGCUCGGCACCUACAAAAUGUGCAGGCAUCCAUCGACGCGUCGAUUGCGGAGACCGAUGAGGCGACUGCGCUACCGACAAGCACCCAGUUGAAUCAGGAAGACCCGGAAGAACGUCUCAGCCUUACGGUGACGAAAGCCGACUUCCAUGAAAUGCGCAUCAUUGGUCAGUUCAAUCUUGGCUUCAUCAUCGCUGUACGGCCGCCUACAUCCACAUCACCCACAUCAGACCUCUUCAUCAUCGACCAGCAUGCGAGUGACGAGAAGUACAACUUUGAGCGUUUCGCUGCCACGACAACGCUAGUGCCACAGCGACUAGUCCACCCUCACCCUCUCGAGCUGACUGCCGUGGAGAAGGAAGUGAUCCGCGCGAACAAACCCUCACUCACCGCGAACGGCUUUGUCGUCGAUCUAGACACCGAGGACGAAAAUGGCGCAGAUGACCAUGCGCAGUUGGUCUCAUUGCCAAUGUCAAAAGAAGUCACCUUUACACCUACGGAUCUAGAGGAACUCCUCGCACUCAUCGUAGAAAGCCCACAGUCUUCGUCCAUGUCCACAUCGUCGCAUAUACCGCGCCCCUCCAAGGUCAGGAAGUUACUCGCAAGCCGCGCCUGCAGAAGUUCGGUGAUGAUCGGUAAGACCCUUCAGACGCCACGCAUGCGGGAAAUUGUUCGACACAUGGGUAGUAUGGAUAAGCCGUGGGCUUGUCCACAUGGUCGACCUACUAUGCGUCAUCUGUUUGGCUUGGAGAAGUGGCAGGGCUGGACUGAGGGGGAUGGCGUGACGGGAGUUGAUGUUCAGGGCGAGAAGACUGAUUGGAACGCGUAUCUGAAGGAUAGCAAGAGAUAA